CUUUUUCAUGAGAACCUCAUAGAAUUUAGCUACCACACUAAGAGUACUAGACUUUGAUAUAAUAAGUUACAUUGAAAGAGAAAAAUACUUCAAAGUUAAUUAGCUAAUCAAGCUAAGGUAGCGCACCAUGGGAAGACCUCCUUGUUGUGACAAAGAUGGCAUCAAGAAAGGUCCUUGGACUCCUGAAGAAGACAUCAUUCUCGUCUCUUACAUUCAAGAACAUGGUCCUGGGAAUUGGAGAUCUGUACCUACCAAUACAGGAUUACAAAGGUGUAGCAAGAGUUGUAGGUUAAGAUGGACGAAUUAUCUUAGGCCAGGGAUCAAACGGGGCAAUUUUACGCCUCACGAAGAAGGAAUGAUUAUUCAUUUGCAAACAUUAUUGGGAAACAAAUGGGCAGCAAUUGCUUCAUAUCUACCUCAAAGAACAGAUAAUGACAUCAAGAACUAUUGGAACACUCACUUGAAGAAGAAACUUAAGAGAUUCCAAUCAUCCUUCCCGCAAGAGCCACCAGCAACAACCUCAUUUUCUUCAUCACUCACCAAAUGUAUCAACGACAACGACAACGACGACAACAACGAUAAUUAUCAUCAUCAUUAUAUCCACAAGAACGACAACAACCCUAGUGUUGAUGUUGAUCAUAACAUGGCCGUAACACCACCACCGGCGCCACCGCUGCCUCAACCACCAUCAUCGUCGUCAACAUGUUAUGCCUCGAGCACCGAGAAUAUCUCGAGGCUUCUCGAAAGCUGGAUGAAGUGCUCUCCGUUGUCCAAACCUAAGCUAGAAGUUGGCAACAAUUACCACAACGACGACGACGACAACAACAACAACAAUGACAAUAACAAUGAUGAUGAUAAUGAUAAUGAUAAUGAUGAAGAAGAUCACUUUGAGACAAUGUUGUCGUUUCACAACAACCUUAACGAUAACGAUAACGACAACGACAACGAUAAUGAUAAGGUUGUUGACAUGAUCACUACUAUUACUGCAACUGGGGAGGAUUCUAAUGAAGGUGUAAAGGAUUAUAUUGAUGAUGACGACGAAGGAGAUAAUCCUCCAUUAACAUUUCUAGAGAAAUGGCUUUUGGAUGAAUCAACUACGUCUCGUCAAGUUGCUCAAGAAAUCUUGCAGCUACCAUCCAUUUUCUGAUCGACCUAACUACCUAAGCUAGGCCAGGUGAUUAUAUAUCAUGUAUUAAUUAAUGUAUUACCAUUAUGUAUCUAAUUAAUUAUAUAUCAAUAAUCGUAGUCAUUAAGCUAUAUAAUUAUGAGUUGUAAUGCAUGAUUAGCAAAUAAGUAUGUUAAUUAGGAGGAGAGCAGCUCUUGCAACUUGUAAAAACAAAAUGCUGUGAUUUUUCUUUUGCUUAAUUUCUUAGUCUUUGAUCCCGAUUAAUUAACAGUAGUUAUGGCUUUAUGCGUAAA